CCCUUCCUCUCUCAAACUCUCAAUUCUCAGUUCUCUCUUCUCAGCUCCCUCGCCUCCCUCUCCUCUCACUUUCAGCCUCCUUCGCCGGCUUUUCCUCUCACUCUCUCGCCACCGUCUCCUCUCACAACAUCUCACUGUCUCGGCUCCGAUCUCCCUCUGCUCUCGGCGGCUCAGCCUUCUCUGCCUCAGUCCGUUGUUCUUAGAUGGGAUUAAAUGGAGCCAAGAUGGAAAGGAAAGGGCUUAAAAGAUAAAGCUCUUGCAGAGCCCGUGUCAAAGAUAGUGUCACAGCUUCAGUCUUCUCUAAUUCAAUCAGAUGCUCAUGGACUUCUCGCUGGCUGCAGUGUACUUAUAGAAGUUGAAUCAGAACAAACUGAUCUUCUCGAUCGUGCGUGCUUUGGAGGACGCAUUAUUACAGCUGAAAAGGAUAAGGAUUUGUUUCGGCUGGGUUUAGAAGAAGCCUUUUACCUAUGCCAUUCGUUGAAGUGCCUCAAGAUUGUAGGUGGUGAUAAUUGUUCAAAGAAUGAUGUAGAGCUAUGGCAGUGCAUGAUAUCCAAAAAAUCAACUUUCCCUGAUUUCUACAAGGCUUAUUCUCAUCUUCGAAUGAAAAAUUGGGUUGUGAAGUCGGGUUCUAAUUAUGGUGUGGACUUUGUUGCCUACCGUCACCAUCCAUCUCUGGUCCAUUCUGAAUAUGCUGUGCUUGUUUUGUCAGAAGGAGAGGGCGAAGUAAAUGGCCGAUUGAGGUUGUGGUCUGAUCUCCAUUGCACAACUCGAGUUAGUCGAGGUGUUGUGAAGACGCUUUUAGUUCUUAAGAUCAAUAAAAAUGGUAAUGGUACUGCUUCUCCAUCAUAUUUGGAGAAAUACACUGUUGUAGAGCGCACAGUCACAAGAUGGCAUCCAGAACAAUGCCGUGAAGAUCAUAUGAUAGUUGAAAAGAGAACCAAGGAACUAGAAGCUCCUGUAAAAGCAAGUUUAAAGACAAAAUUUAUUCAAAACCAUGAUGUAAAAUUGAAGCAGGGCCUAGUUGGAACCAUUCGGAAUCUUAGUCUAGUUAGGGUUAGUCUAUUUUUUGUGUCUAUUUUCUUGAUAGUAAGCUGUUGCCUGAUGGAUUGUUUGAAUUAGAUUUUCCUGAGUUAAAUUUAUUGAAAUGGGUUGCAGGAUUAAUCCUUUGUU